CCCGCGUCUGCAUGAAAUCGGAAACCGCCGCGCCCGCCGUUCAUCCGUUUCUCUCUCUAUCUCCGUCUCUCUCUCUCUCUCUCUCCAUCGCAGUGCAAAUGGCUCGAUGAUUCUCUCCUGUGGCGGCCCUGUCCUUCUCUGAAUUCCUCAAUCUCUCUCUCUCUCGCCUCGCCGUCGAGACUCUGAUUUGACUGCAGUCGUCUCUCACAGGAUCUGCGUUGGUGAUUUUGGUAGUACAGCAGCAGCAGCAGCUGGCGGAAUCUCUAUCGGCCCCGCUGGGUACUGUCUUCUGGAUUCAUUUGGCAAUUAUGGGGGCCGCAAAUUCUAAGGUUGAAGAAGAUAAGGCCUUGCAGCUAUGCCGGGAAAGGAAGAAGUUUGUUAGGCAAGCCCUUGAUGGUAGGUAUUCUCUUGCGGCGGCUCAUGUUAUGUACGUUCAUUCUCUAAGGAACACAGGAACUGCGCUUGGGAAGUUUGUCGAAUCCAAUGCCCAUGUGGAAUCAUCUUUGUAUACAUCCACGAGUGCAACACCGGAGCCACUUGCAUUGACAGAGAAGUCGCUUUCGCAUUUUUCAUUCUCCUCUCCAUCAUUUUCACAUCGUGCAGAUGCGGCUUAUACUCUUUCUCCAUCUCCAUCUCCUCCUCCUCCUACCUCUACUGUUUAUCACGCGAAUCAUAUGAAAUUCACGGGUAGCUAUUCUAGAGAGGUUCAAGAAAAGUUGCCAUCACCUAUCACAGGGACAGUGACUUUUUCUAGUACCCCGCGGAAUACUACACCGGAUUCCUCUGAAAAACCAGAUCUGUCAGCAUUUGAAGAUUCUCCCGUUCCACCUGGAACGCCUCAAUGGGAUUUCUUUGGUUUAUUCCAUCCAAUCGAUCAUCAAAUGCCUUCUCAAGGGGGGAAGCGUAUGAACCAGGGGUUUGAAGAUGCUGAUGACAUCAAAAGGCUUAGGGAGGAGGAAGGCAUACCCGAGUUGGAAGAUGAUGAAGAGAAGGGUUCUAUGGACCGAACUGAAGAAGAAUUCCAGGAUUCAGAUGAUGAAUUUGAUGAGCCUUCCACAGAGACCCUGGUUCGCAGUUUUGAAAAUGUCAAUCGGGUAAAUGAUGAAUCCAUGUCUAGCCCCCCUCCCACUGCUCCUUCAAUGAGAAGUGCAACUUCAGAAGGUGAAUUCAUGAAUGGAGACAAAGGCCAGUCUCCUGAUCUGUCAUCACGAAGGGGCAAAUCACCUGCUGUUGCUCCAUCAUCUGAGACAAAGAGAACUCCCAUGAAAGAUAACCAUGACGAACAGAAGGUUACGGCAAAGGACUUCUCUUCAAGCAUUAAAGAUAUCGGAGGUCUUUUCAUAAAAGCAUCAGAAUCUGGGAGAGAAGUUCCGAGAAAGCUAGAAGCCAAUGAGUUACAUUUUCGUUCAAUAUUUCCGGGGAAAGAACGUGCAUCAGUAUUGUCCGUGUACCUCAGGACAUGUUUUUCUUGCGGGGAGGAUCGUUGGCAAGCUCAAGAAGAACCUGCUCAAGCGGCAAUGAAGUACUUAACUUGGCAUAGGACGGGAUCAUCUCGCUCUUCUUCAUCAAGGAAUCCUUUAGGGUUGAAUUUAAAGGAUGACACUGAGGAGCUUAAUGACAAUUACAUUGGCAGUGUCUGUAUGAUAUCUGGAAGCCAUGCCUCAACCUUGGAUAGGCUAUAUGCCUGGGAGAGAAAGCUCUAUGAUGAAGUCAAGGCCUGUGAUGAGAUCAGGAGGAAUUAUGACGUCAAAUGUAAAAUUUUAAGGCAAUUGGAAUCAAAAGGACAUCUGGAUUUAAAGGAAAGAACUGAUAGAAUUGGUAAAACUCGUGCUUCCAUCAAGGAUCUACACUCGAGGAUCAUAGUUGCCAUUCACAGAAUUGACUCCAUCUCGAAGAGAAUAGAAGAACUACGUGACAAAGAGCUUCAACCUCAGCUGGAAGAGUUGAUUGAAGGGUUAGGUCGGAUGUGGGAAGUCAUGUUUGAGUGUCACAAGCUUCAGCUCAACAUAAUCUCAGUAGCUCAUGGCAGCAGCAACACUAAAAUCCCGGUGCACUCAGAAGAACACCGGAAGAUUACCCUCGAUCUUGAAAAUGAACUGGGUUCACUAUCUUCGAGUUUUACAAAGUGGAUUGGAGCCCAGAAGACCUACUUGGAGGCCAUCAACAAUUGGCUCGGGAAGUGCUACUUGCAUCCCCAAAAAACUCCAAAGCGAAAAAGGCGGAGGCCCCAACAAACGCCACUGUGGAAGCAUGGGCCGCCAAUCUAUGCCACUUGUGAACUGUGGUUGGAGGAGCUGAAGGCUUUGCCUUCCAAGGAUGUGACAGAGUCAAUUAAACGUUUGGCUGCAGACAUUCGCCAGUUUUUACCACUUCAAGAAAGGAACCAAGGAAAGAAUGCGAAACAUGCUCAAACACCCCCAACAUCAUGGGAAGGUGGAAGUGGGGCUGAUUCGGAGGUUAACAUGUUGAAGGAUUACGCUUCGGAGGACUGGAUUACAGGUGUUGACCGCUUCCGGUUGAGCUUGGUUGAAUUUCUUGAUAAGUUGAAUAAGUAUGCGGAGUCCUCUGUUCAUAUGUACGUGUCCCUUGAAAAGGCCAUCCCAGAUCGCAAGAGUACUUAUGAUAAGUCGAAGUCCCAACCAUGAGAUGUUGUCAGUAAUCAGUGCAGAAACUCGAUCCAGCCUUAAGGGGAGGACCGACCAUACAGUAUCGAGUUCAUCUGGAAGCUCCUCAGAAAAUAUCCGGAACCAGAAAUUCUGUGAGUUUCUUCUUCUUUUCUUUUUUGCUUCUGGGCUUUUUUACGUGGAAAAUAAAGCACGGUUUUGGGGGGGUGGUUUAUAUAAUUAUUGCCAUGUUGUGGCAGGAAAUAAAAAGGGUCGAGAGAAAGUUGGAUGUUGAGAUGUUUAUAGACAGGGUGGUGGGUUUACAUUACGGCUCUAGCUUAGGAUGUGCUAUUGAAAGGAAAGAGAGAGCUUCGCCAACAGAGGUUCCUGUAUAUUAGUUUUGUGAACUCGAAAAAAGUUGUAAUAAAUUUUUUUACAAUCGGCUAUGUCUUCAGUGACUUGAGAAA